AUGUCAUCCCAAGAAGAAAAUAGAGAAGUCCAAAACUUAGGUAAAGGUGACAGAGUUAACGGAAAGAACUGGAAGGUUGAAAAAGCCGCAUUCAGAGUUAAAAGUUUAGGUGUUAAAUCUACUUGGGCUAAGAAGCAAGAACAAAGAUUGAAAGAUGAGCAAGUCAAAGCUAAGCUUAAAGAACUAAAAGAUGAAAAAGAAAAUGAAAAGAAAGAACGUAUUCAAGCUAUAAAGGACAGAAGAGCCAAACAAGAAGAGAAAGAAAGAUAUGAAAAGAUGGCUGCCAAAAUGCAUGCUAAGAAGGUUGAAAGAAUGCGUAAAAGAGAAAAAAGAAAUAAACUACUUAAAGACCGUUGA